AUGCGUUACACCGAGAUCAUCGCCCUGGCCAUGGGCAACGUGGCCGCUGCCCAGUUCACCACGGGCCGCUUCAGCAACGAGACCACCACCACCGAGGCUCAGACCGAGACCGGUACCAUCACUGGCACUGCCACUGCUACCGCCACUGGCGCUGGUGGCAUUGGAAACCCCACUGGCUUCAACUUCCUCGGCUGCUUUUCCUCCGAGAACGGUUUCCCUGGCUUCACUCAGGCCUACUCCAGCGAGGAGAACGACUCUGAGCGCUGUGCUGAUUCUUGCUUGGGCUCCAACUUCUUCGGUCUUUACGACAACAGCUGCUACUGUGGUAGCGAGCUUGACCUCAACACCUCGCCUGCCGUUGGCAGUGACCAGUGUGACAUCGUCUGCCCUGGUAACGAUGACGAGAACUGUGGUGGUCUUUCUGGCGAUGCUCUCAUGCGCCGACAGGUCUCCAUCAACGUUCUCCUCUCCAUCUACGUCGCUGAUGGCGUAAACCCCGGUGACAGAGAGACCAUCACCAACACCGACUUCGUCACCGAGACUCUCCCUGUCCGCACCACCACUGCCACCGUCACCGUCACCGACGACGGCAAGACUGCCACCAAGACUGUCACCCAGAUCCUCCCCGUCAUCCCCACCGAUGUCAUCAUCAUCUGCUACGGUAACUACUGUGCUCCUCAGACUCACUGCCCCACCUGCACCAAGUGGCAGGUUGUCUGUAACGAUGGCCUCUGCCACCCUGAGGAGUGCUACGACGACACCUGGAACAAGCUCAAGAUCUGCAACGACGGACACUGCUACUACGCCGACUACAAGGAGGAGGAGUGCAACCAGCGCAUCGUCUGCUACGGAUCUGAGUGCCAGCGUGACCAGCACUACUCUGUCGACUACGCUCGCAAGUUCGUCUGCGAUGUCGAUGAGGACCGUUACUACUUCGAGGACUGCAAGGAUGACUGCUACAGCUACAACAAGUGCAGCCACGGCGAGUGUGAGCCCGUCCACCCUCCUGUCCACCCCGAGCCUGCCCACCCUCCCAAGCAGAUCACUCCCGGCAAGCCCCCUGUUGUUGUCGUCCCCGAGCCUGAGCACCCCGUCCACCCCGUCCACCCCGCUCCUCCUGUCAAGAAGCCCGAGCACCCCUCCAAGCCCGCCCCUCCCGUCAAGGAGCCUGAGCACCCUACUCCUCCCAUGGAGCCUGAGCACCCCUCCAAGCCUGCUCCUCCCAUGAAGGAGCCUGAGCACCCUGCUCCUCCCGCCAAGGAGCCUGAGCACCCUGCUCCUCCCGCCAAGGAGCCCGAGCACCCUGCUCCUCCUGCUCAGACCGGCUCCAACGCUAAGCCUGAGGCUCCCGAGGACCACCCCGUCGUCACUGCCGGCGCUGCCCAGAAGACCUUCGCUGGUCUCGCCGCUGCCGUCGCUGGUGUCGCUUUCCUCCUGUAA